AUGAAGAAUAUUCCCUUUGACGCAGUACCUCUCAUAUAUAGCAGCCUGCAAAAGGAAAUCAAAAAGACUAUUGUCUACCUUCCUUGCUUAAUCACAAAGCUCUGUUUGAGGGCCAAGGUCAAGACUUAUGAAGAUGAAGACCUAGUGGUAGGGUCUGUCAUCGAUUUCAAAACGUGGAAUGGUCUGAGGACCACUGACAGUGAAACAGAUAUUCCAGGCCUUGAGGCCCCAAAGAAGACAACCACGAAGGCCACCCCUUCAAAAUCAUCCACUUCUGCCUACACUCAGGCAAGACGAACCGUUCCACCUCCCACCAAGGUGAAGAAGGAAGCCCCUGCUGCUACUGAGAGCAAGCAGGGAAAAAAGAAGUGCCCUGCCAAAGCUCCCCCAAGAAAGGGGGAACGUUCCAGUCAGAGGCUGAAGAUAACCUUCAGCAGCAUCAAAAGGCCAGAGGGACCAUCCUCUGAGAAACCUAUCACCCUCUCUGACAAGGAGGGGGACAGUGAAGACAAUGAGCCUGUUGCAAAAAGGCUUAAAACUGAAGGAACGUCAAAAUCCACACCAGCUACUAGGGAGACAUCCUCAAGUAGCUCCGCUUCUAAUUCCUCUGACGUUCCGUCCCCUCCACCAUCACCUGCUCAUUCUUCACCACCACUAGUGAUCCAACAACCCUUUCCUAGGCAACAAGAAGGAGAGGGAAUGAGAGAAACAGAUGCAGCACCUGCUGUACAAGAACAGGUGGCUGAGCAACUCAGCCUGGGAGGGCCCCUCUCUUGUCCCAUCAUCCGUCCCGACACUUCUGGGGACGAGGCCAUUGCUAGGGCUCUAGCAGAAGAAGAGGGCAUGGAAGUCCCUCUACUGAUAGAGGAACAAACAACAACUGCCCCCUCUUCCUCAAGAAUACAGGAGGUUGCUGUCAGGCAAGCACCUGAAGAACCUCCAGCUUUUGACAACAGCAACCAGAAGAAGAAGAAGCCAUCUUCCCCCAUUCCAGCAAUCCUCAUUGGCUCAAGGAGAAAAUCCCAUAUAGGGAUUGCUGAACUGUUUGAAAUGUUGGGAAAGAAGAUGGAGAAGUUGCUGCCUGAAACUCCAUCCGUUCCCCAUAUCAACAUGACUGAUACCACUGAAGAGUUGAAGGCUCUUAGGAACAGAAUGGAUCAACUCUCUUCUGCUAUCAAUAAGUUCCAGGAACAACAGAGAACAGAAAGAGAGCAGCUCCUUAACACCAUCAGAGACAGCAUCAGCAGCAUCAGGGCUGCACCUUCUGCACCAACCUUGCAAGCUGUCAGGGACGAAAUCAAGAAAGGAUCUGAAUCCCUGCAACUUGCUUACUCCCUGCACAACACUAGAGUUGAGCUAUAG